GUCCCAGCUUGACAUCUAUCGGUAUCUGACUCGCCGAUUGCAACAGUGGUAUGGCCGCGAAAACAGCCUCUUCAACUCUAAUGUGCUAGGAAAGCGGAAGAAAAAAGCCCUCGUCCAAGUGGCUGCACUUGCAGAGCAGUCAACCCAGCCAUGGGCUCGACCAGAAAAAUGUAUUCUACCGGCUCUACUCCCGAGUUCCUACAAACAAUUUUACAACAUGACUCUUUCUCAACAACCCUGAUUGUAUGCUCGACCAGGGAUCAAUUUCUGAGCCGAUUGCUCGCUGCUACUCAUCCAACCAGGGGAGAAGUCGCUAGGCACCAUCACAUCUACGAUAAAACCAUAGGACUGCUGUCUAGAUCCACCCGGGUUAGAGUACUAUUCUGCCCAACCCUGGAGAAUCUGCGCGCGUGUUUGUCUGUAGUAGGGUCUCAACGGGUCCAUCAUCAGGAUAAGAAGGAAAUACACGGGCAGACUGAAGCACGGCCUCUAUUAGCAGUCCUUGACUCUUUAUCCCUCCAUGCCCCAACCACGGAAUUUUCCGCGCAGGGCCUGUCCAGAACCUUUGCAGCUCUGGCAGAAACCUCCUUCAAAGCAGAUAUGGACCUUGUGCUCUGCGAAUGUCAAGACCUAACGAACCCGGAAGUCUCACUGUGGAAUGCACAGGUGCCCAUGCUGAAUAGUACUGUGCGUGUCUCAGAGGAGAACGCCCUCUUUCGACGAACUGUAACCGUGAAACGAGUGGCAGAACGCUGGUUCGAGUUCAUUGAGAAAGACUAUGCCGGUGCAGGCAUCAUGGAUGAUGCACAGGGUAAUGCUCAAACACAUACUGAGAUAGAUGAGGACAGAGAUAUUCAAUAA